GCCAGCACCCUUUAACCAACUCACAUCUCAAGCAAGAUGGCUGCGGCAGCAGUUGCUGGCGAGUCUGCACUGAUUAGCGGUGUCGAUGGAGCCCGCAAGCGAUGGAAGUAUCUAGACAACAUUCUUCUAAGACGCGGCCCGUUUGUUGAUGAAGAAGCAACACUAGGCCAAGGGAGUGUUGAUAUGUUGUCCACCCAAAAAGUUCUCGUAAUCGGAGCUGGCGGCUUAGGCUGUGAGAUACUCAAAAAUUUGGCUUUGUCUGGAUUUAAGGAUAUUCACGUGAUUGAUAUGGAUACUAUUGAUGUUUCUAAUCUGAAUCGACAGUUUCUCUUUCGUCAGGCAGAUGUCGGACGACCAAAAGCUGAAGUCGCCGCUGAAUUCGUGCAGAAGCGUGUCAAGGGCGUCACAAUCACGCCCUACUGCGGCAAAAUCCAGGAUAAGGACGAGGACUAUUAUAUGCAAUUCAACAUGGUCAUAUGUGGUCUAGAUAGCAUAGAAGCGCGUCGGUGGAUCAACGCUACUCUCGUCGGUAUGGUAGACAUGGAAAAUCCAGAGUCUCUCAAGCCGUUGAUCGAUGGAGGUACCGAAGGUUUUAAAGGCCAAGCUCGAGUAAUUCUGCCGACAAUGACGUCGUGUAUAGAAUGCCAGCUUGAUAUGCAUGCUCCACGUGCAGCGGUUCCUCUCUGUACGCUCGCUACGAUUCCACGUCAACCACAGCACUGUAUUGAAUGGGCACACAUCAUUGCCUGGGACGAAGAGCGCAAAGACAUGACUCUAGACACCGAUGAUCCGGAACAUAUCACGUGGCUUUAUCAGAAGGCACUGAAGCGAGCUGAGGAAUACAACAUUCAAGGAGUUACGUAUUCCAUGACUCAAGGGGUUGUCAAAAACAUUAUCCCUGCAAUUGCCUCAACAAACGCUAUUAUUGCGGCUAGUUGUUGUAAUGAGGCUUUUAAGCUGGCGACUGCAACAAAUCCGUUCCUUGGAACACCGGGAACAAACAACUACAUGAUGUACACGGGUGACGACUCUGUGUAUACCUAUACGUUUGAGCAUCUCAAGAAGGAUGACUGCCCUGUGUGCGGGAACUUGGCGAAACCACUAGAGGUGGAUGCGAACAUGACACUUGGUGAUUUAGUUGAUAGUUUUGCAGAGCGUCCAGAGGCUCAAUUGAAGAGACCAUCCGUGCGAUCAGAAGCUAAGACUCUAUACAUGCAGUUUCCACCCGGUUUGGAGGAGUCGACGCGACCAAAUUUGAAGAAGAAGUUGUCGGAAUUAGUGACGAACAAGGAAGAAAUCAUUGUCACUGACCCUGCGUUUACGACAUCUUUCAGGUUUAUUGUUCACUUCAAGUGAGUAGUUUUCCUCCGGCGGGUCUGGCUAGGAAAGAGAAGAAGACGUGGAAUAUUGAGAAGAAUAGAUGCAUUGAAAUCACAGCACGUCCUGAUGCAUCACUGAGGUUCGAUAAGAAAAACCUUUGUUCUUGCUCGACAACUAAUUCACAUCAAAUUUCUUUGUUGUUCUGACAAUGAACGCCUUGAGUUGUGGACUAAACUAUGUUACUUGACGAUAAAUUUGAGGUGUCAGAUGAUGAGGAAUGACAGUCAUCCUUGUUGUCUGUCGACACAAUGCCUCUCAGAGAUGUUUUGACGGAGUCUUUGGUUCCAUGCUCCACUGCUAAUUUGGC